AAAGUUCUGAUGAGUUCAGCCGAACCUUCUCCGUCACUCCACCUCGCUCCGCCCCUCUCCUCCCGGUGGCUCCGCCGCGAUAAGGCCCACCGGCCCCCAGCUGGACUCCUUCCCACCGCCACACCGGCAGAGAGGGAGGAGGACGCACGCAGAACCAAACCCGCGGAGAACCGGACCGGACCGACCUGGAGGGCGCAGGGAGGACGCACCAUGUCCUUGAGCCCAAAGCACUCCACCCCCUUCUCAGUCACAGACAUCCUGAGCCCGAUGGAGGACACUUACCGCCGGUUCGGAGGCAUGGAGCCCGCAGCGGGCAGCCUGGGAGCCCAGCUGGGAGCCUACCGGAACCAGAACCAGCAGCAGCAGCCUCACCUGCACCAUCACCACCACCACCACCUGGCCUCACCCUCCUCUUCCUCAGCAGCCCUGGGCCCCGGAGGGCCCUACCAUGUCCCCCACGGAGUGCCGCAGUUCCCGGGGGCCGUGGGAGGCUUCUGCGGCGGCGGGGAGCUGCAGUCCUACCAGGAGCCGGUGCGCAGCGGAGGCCCCGCAGCCUGGUACAGCAGCCCGGAGCCCCGGUACCAGAGCAUCUCCAGGCUGAUGGGCGCUCCCGGCGCCGUCAACAUCCCCGGCAUGGUGGGGGGUCUGGCCGGGAUGGAGCCCAGCGCCAAGGCCGUGGUGGCGCUCCACGCCGCGCCGCGCAGGAAGCGCCGGGUCCUCUUCUCCCAGGCGCAGGUGUUCGAGCUGGAGCGACGCUUCAAGCAGCAGAAGUACCUGUCCGCCCCGGAGAGGGAGCACCUGGCCGGCCUCAUCCACCUCACCCCGAACCAGGUCAAGAUCUGGUUCCAGAACCACCGCUACAAGCUGAAGCGGCAGGCGAAGGACAAAGCCACCCAGCAGCAGCAGCAGGAGGCCGGCGCGCCGUGCCAGGCCUCCCGCCGCUCCUCCGCCGGCUCCCCGCUCUUCCCCAAGACCGACAAAAGCUGCCGGGACGAACCCAACCAGGCCGGGAGCCAACAGAGCGGUUCGGCUGAGCUGGUGCCGGUGAGCGAGCGGAACCAGCACCAGAACCAGAACCAGCUGUCCUCCACCGAGGAGCUGGAGGACCUGUCUCCGAGCCCGCCGCUCGGCCUGCAGGCGCACUUCAACAUGACGCAGACGGACGCGGCGCUCAUCGAGUACACCAACAGCAUGCUGGGCUCCAACCUUCUGUACGGGAGAACUUGGUAGAACCUGGCAGAACCGGAACAAGUGGAGCAGAACCAGACAAACUGGAGAACAUUCCGAGGACUGCGGGAGGGAAAUGAUCCAGCGCCUUUUUCUCCGCGCGUAAAAACUCUUUCUUUACGCACAGACUCGGACUUUCGGCGGGUUGGAAGAUAAAUUAAUCCGGACCGAAACCCGAAUUUUCUCCUGGAUUUUAGGUUCGGUUAAUCAGGAGCAGCACGGCGCUUCCUUCUGACCCAGAACUGAUCCCGGGCCAGCAGCGAAGCUUCAGACGCGGUUCUGGACAGUUCUUUUCCCCGGAAACCACCGGGUCCAAUUGGUUCCGGUACCUCUGAGCUGGUUUUCAUUUUGGGAAUUUAAGGAGUUUCCAUUUCACGUUUUUCUUUCAAGCAGCAAUUUUCCCCCCUUUUUAAAUUGACAGAAAAGCUGAAUUUGUUCAGUAAAACACUGAAUCUAUUUAAAAUAAUUUCCUUAAAUGUAAAUUAAAUUUGAUCUAAUUUGUAAAAAAUAAUUCUGAGACAAAAUUAGUUGCAGCAACAUGUUUAAUUUCUUUUUCUUUUAUUGGAGACGUUUGUCUCUCAAACAUCUUUUAUUCACCUGGAAAACAAAUGAAACCCACUUUACGAAAUAAAGAAAAUAAAAACAG